AUGCCUACCCAACACGUCGACCCGAGCUCCGACGAGCUGCUCCAGACCGUGGCAAAUACCCUGCUCAAGGCGCGCAAAGUGGUCGUGGUAACUGGUGCUGGCAUCAGUACCAAUUCAGGCAUUCCGGAUUUUCGAUCUGAGAAUGGUCUCUACUCUCUGAUUCAGGCUCAUUUCGAGCUAGCACGCAAUAACGCAUCCCCAGACACUACUUCACAGGGAGACAGCGAUACGAAUGAAGGCGACAACGAACGCGAUUUUCAAGAGGGACCUGCUCCCAAGCGGAGAAGGCUUUCUUGCGACCCCAUCAUUUUCAACAGACAGGAGCGAGCAGACCAGAAAGAAACCGAGGACGCCGUGGCCUUGGACGAACCUGCCGAGAUCCCAGUUCAAGACGACGUCAAACCUCCGACCGAUGACGACCUCAACCUCCCCUCCUCCCCCACCCGAACGACAGGAAAUGCGAUCCAAAUAUCUACGCCCAAAGCCAUGCGCACGCCCGAUCGUGCGGAAAUGCCGACGACCUCGCCGCUCUCCUCGCCACCCCUUGAGGACAUUGUCCUUCCCACAUCGCCUGGACCUAUCAUCCAGACUCGUUCACUUCGGUCGCGUCGUGAUCUUUUAAAUAUCGCCAUUCCCGCCAGCUCAUCACCCCUCUCCUCACCGCCACCUAUACUAUUUGAACCGCACCCUCCCUCUCCUUCCAUCACUAGCUCGAGCCGAAGGAGCAGUACGUCACAAUGCGAAAUGGACUUGAACUCCCACUCGCUCAGCGCCUCUCAGUCUUCUUCUGGCCGCAACAGCUUACCUAACAUGAAGGGGAAAGAUCUCUUUGACGCCUCGAUAUGGUCGGAUCCCCUCAGAACAUCAGUCUUUUAUACCUUUGCGACAUCCCUCAGACAGAAGGUCAAGGAUUGCGAACCUACCAGCUCACAUCGGUUCAUUAGCCACCUGAGAGACCGGAAAAAGCUCGUCCGAUGCUACACCCAGAACAUUGACCGAAUUGAAGAGAAGGUUGGACUUUCUACCAGUCUUGAGGAGGGCCCAGGAAGUCGUGGUCGAUUCUCUCGACGCUCAACGGCCAAUGGGGCCCAGCUAAGCAAAAUGGUGGAAGAUGCUGCUGCUGAACCCCCGACCCCAGUUGGCGAGAGCCAUCCUUCGCUCUCGACCCAGCAUCCGGCAGACGAGACAGAGACACCCAAGACUCCCGUCACAGAGUCGGAAGCAUCUGUUGGCGACCAACCCAAGGCUCCUCCCAAGCUGGAAACACUCCGGUCAUCUGGUGUGGAGUGCGUCUUUCUUCACGGGUCUUUAGAAAGCCUGAGGUGCUUCCUUUGCGGGCGCGUAACAUGUUGGGAUGGUAUUCGAGAGUCAGAAACCAUGUCCGGCCAGCAGCCUGAGUGCCCUCACUGUGUUGGAGCGACGGCUGCCAGGGAAGAGCGAGGGAAGAGGGCGCUCGGUGUCGGUAAACUCAGACCUGACAUUGUCCUGUAUGGCGAGGAGCACCCCAACGCGCAUCUCAUAAGCCCAAUUGUCACACAUGACCUGUCCUUGUGUCCGGACAUGCUCCUGAUUUUGGGGACAAGUUUGCGCGUGCAUGGCCUAAAGAUACUGGUUCGUGAAUUUGCAAAGUCUAUUCACAGCCGGGGCGGCACGGUCGUGUUUGUCAACUUCACCAAGCCGCCAGAGAGUUCGUGGGGAGACAUCAUCGACUACUGGGUGCAAUGGGAUUGUGAUGCAUGGGUCUCCGACCUCCAGAACCGUGUCCCAAAGCUCUGGGAGGAGCCCAAGGAGAAGCAGCCGGCCAAAAACCCCAUGGCACUGCGCGAUACCAAGGUGACUGGCGCAUAUUGGACACAGAAGAUCAUCGGCGAGCUCCGACGAAUAACAGAGUUCCACGAUCCUUCCACACCACGAUCCUCAUCGCCAAUAUCUGAUACUGUGAUGGCCGAAAUGUCGAUCACGGUUGAAUCGAAUCUGCACCAGCAACAAGAGACUGAAGAGACAAUCGCUGUCCAAGCAUCUGGCGCCGCAACGCCAUCGCCACCACCUUCGGAGCCAGCGCCGCUUAUGCCACCUCCACCUCCACAGCCCGAGCCACUACCCAAGGCAUCAGCGAAGCCUAGUGCUGCCCAGAAUGCUCUAAGGUUAAGGCCCAGACGGACACGGAAAUCCGCACCGGCCGCUAUGGAGCGUGCAGAGAAGAAGAAGCCACCCUCAACACUGAAUCCAAACCAUGGCAGGGCCCUCAAACAGGAGCCAGAGCCGGAACAAGUGGCAGGACCAGUGCUGGAACAAGUGCUAGAUCAAGUGCUAGAACCAGGGCCGGAGAAUAUGGUGAUGGAGUUUAAUCAACCCACAGUCCUGGUGCAGCCGCUCAAGAUAGAGGCACCGCCGCCUGCCAGCAGCUCAAUUUUGAACUCGGUCAAAGCAAACCCUCGCCUGCGCAAGCGCAAGAAGAUCUACGGCGAGGAAGAGGUCCUGUCGUCUCCUCCUCAGAACUUGGCCGGUGGAAGCGAAGACAGCAGCAGGAGGAGCAGCACCGGCAGCAGGCCUGCCCCCAAGUCUGAACCAGCGCUCACACUGCCGCCGCUGAGAGUGAUAGACGCUGCCUCACCUGAACAGCUCGACCGGAGACCUCGGCCACUGGAACCUCAGAGCCCACCCCAAGGCCCUCAGCUCACCCUCCACGCGAAUGUUAGACAACUGCGAUCACAAUCACUGGCCAUCCAGGAAGCGAUGAUUAAGAACCAGACACAAAUUAAACCUGCCCGAGGCCAGUGGAGCGAUCAGCAGCAAAAUUGGAUGGGUGAACACGAAAGCGUGAGCGGUCAGUGGGAGGCGCAGCAACGACAGGAACAGUUUAGACUGUCACGACAACAGCGAGAGGAGUUGGCAAGACGAGAACGAGAGCAUAAUGAGAAGGAGAAGGACGUAGCCCUGGCGCUGGUAGGCCUCAAAGUAUCAGCACUGAGGCAGUGGGGGGAUACGUGGCAUGUGUCGCCAAACCGGUGUCGCUGA